CGAAUGCUCCACCACCGCAGGUGCAGACGAUGCUUCCCGAGCGCGCGCGCGGCAAAGAGGAUGCAGCUCCGCCUCCUCCCGUUCGCCGCGAGCGCCGUGGCCGGAAGGAGCUUCCUCGCCGCGAUCCGUAGGCCGGUGACGGAGAGAAGGACGCGCCUGCUCUGCAACGGGGGCAACUCCUCGUCGUCGUCGUCGGAGAAGGAGGGCGGCGAGGCUAGCCCCGCGGAAGAGGCGCUGCGGCGGCUGGCGGAGCUCGACGCCCAGCUGGAGGGGCUGAAGGAGCCCAAGAUGAGGCCGCCGGCGCCCCCUCCUCCCCCGGAUCCUUUCUUGGACCGUGAUAUGAUAAUACAGCGGGGGCGCCCGAGUGAUGAGCUCCCAGAAAUGACCCCGGCCUACGUGACGUUCUCCACUCUAGCAAUCUUCAUCAUCACCAUCUUCACCAACGUGGUGUUCAACCUGUACAUCAAGCCCUCCGUGGACGGCGCCGAUCAGCCGGUAAGGAUCCAGAGAGUGCCCCUGGCUGAUCCUAGCUUCCAACAGGAGAGUGCCUCUGGCAAUUCUAGUGGUAGCUCGUAGACAUAUGUGCAUGACACGAUACUACAGUUUGAUAGAUGGAGUGGAAGAAGGGCUGGGCUGUGCUUCCCAGGUUAACUGAAACCCAUGUGCCUCGUAUUUGCAUCAUGAUGUAUCUAUCUAUCUAAAACCCACAUGCUCUAAACGAGCUACGUUUUGCUGGCCUCGACCUUGAGGGUUCCAUUAUGGUGUAUAAAGAUUAAAGCGUUGCACAUGCA